CCCUGCAUAACAACCUACUACUUUAAAAACUACCGCUAUUUAAGUUUUCUAUAUCAAUAUUUCUAUAUUACAAAUAUUUUAAUUGAUUAAAUUUUUUUUUUCAGGUGUACGUUACGAUGGACUUCGAGUUAAAUUCGGUUGGUCGGACGCCCUCGCGGACGUGGAGUACUUCUACAAAAUACCUCGUACGAUAAAAGAAGCAGAAUCCCUGUCAUGGAAAAGGACAGAGCGUCCUCCUGGCGCUAUGCCAGAGCUGCGGAUGUACUGUCCACAAGGUAGAGGCGUCUGUCCCCUGUACGACUCAGCUGGCUUCGUGGCGGGACUACAACUUGCACUUCCUGUGGACGAGUACGAGUCACUAGCUAUUAAGCCCGAAAAGAAGUUUGUAAAAUGGCGCGCACCUGCCGUCGACGGAGAGCCCUCCAAGGAGUAUUGGACCAUCACGCAGUACUACGUCUCGGAAGAAACUCUGAAAGCUGGAGCCGGACCCCAAGCGGCAAACGGUGCAACAUUGCAAGAUGGCGGCGUCUGGGUCACUGGACUGGACGGAAAGUUGCUUAAGAUACCCACAUCUGAAGCCGAUAUCAAAAACACAGCGUUCACCAAGCAGAACUGCGUGCCCAACAUGGGUACCCACUACUACUACAAUAUGACACGUGACAUGAAGUGCGAAGACCUGCUGCCUUGGUUCGGUUUGACCAACAACGGUGAGAUGAUCGGCACAGGUUUCAUCAUGUUCGGCAAGUUGGCUCCGCAGAAGCCACGCCAUUGGUUCGAGAUACCACCAACACGAGAACAAGCCCCAGAGAUCGUCAUACCUUACGCACCACCGUGCCUAGGAGAGUGGGGAUCCUCCUACGGUAUAUUAUCACUUCACAUCUACUACAUCAACGACCCAUGGAACAUUCGCUGCAAGUAAGUCGGUACUGGAGAAAUCUGCGGGCAUCUUCAAAGAAUGAAAAAUUCUGCGGCAUACAAUGACGACAAAUCUAUCAUAAACUGCUGACCCUGGAGUCAGUUAUGUUUCUGGAUUUAUAACUAGCUUAAGACUUAUGCUAUAUGCACUUACUCAUGCAUGGCUGCGACCUGCAAUUAAUUUUCUAAUAAAAAAACACCGACCCUACCUAUACUUGUUGAAUCUUUAAUCUUUCCCUAUAUCCUAUACCUUCUCUUACAUAAAUAGCACGGUAAACCACGAAAAUUUCCAUUUCUUUG